GCUUUUACUAUAUUUUUAAUUUUUUUAUUAUUAGACAAAAAUAUUGAAAUGUGUUUAUGGAAAAACCUACAAAUUGCAUUCGACAUGUGGAGAGAAAAAAAAAAAAAAAAAUGAUAAAUUGCAAAAAACAUUAGCAAAAGUUAAUUAGAAGGAAUUUAAAAAAUGUCAAUUUAAUAAUUUUUUUAACAAUGAAAAUUUAUUUUUAUUAACAGUAGAAAUAAAAAAUAUGCUAUUUUCAUAUUUAUAUAAAGAGAUUUUGUUUUUUUUUUAAUUUAGAACAGUCAGUUGUCAAUGAAGGGGUGUUGUUGAAUAAUUACCACAGGUUUCUUUAUUGGUGUAAUCUAGAAAAUGGAGAUUUUUGUAAAUGUAUGCAUCAUAAAGUUCCUUUGUAAUUUCGCUGAUUUACACAAGCAGAGGACAUAUCAUAGAUGCAGGUAUUUAUACCUUCUUUUUUAGUUUUGUUUUAACAUUGAAGUACUAUAUAUUAUUGCGUGUACUUGAAGAAUAUCAAUAUUUAUAUAAUAACUGUAUACUGUGAUUACACAAAUACCAAGUUUACUGGGUCAUCCUUUAUGUUAACUAAUAAAAAAAAACUAGAACAAAGGUGUACACUGCAUUUAUAUCCUUAGCAUGUGAGUAAAGGACAUAAAUGGCCUCAUCGUUAUAGGUGACAUAUCACUAUGAGAACAACGUCAGUUGUCUGUCGAAGCUGAAAAGGAAAAUACACUUUAUCGACAUGUCAUUGAAAUUACAAAUACUGCAGAUACUUGUGCCCAUAAUUUUUGUAUCAUUGAUUUCUGCAAAUUUAAUUUUUGACAAUGUACAAGAGUCAAUUGAUUUACAAGUGCGUUUUCAUGCUACCAUUGAUACAAUUAAUUUCUGUUUUUUUGAUGAGCCAAAAUAUGGAAUAGUUUUGGUUGGUGAUUCCAAGGAUAUUGACAUUCAGUUGCUGAUGGAUUAUGGGCCAGUGAUUGAACUUGACAAGUCAGUAGUUGACGAAUCAGAUAAUAAUUACAAAUUGCAAAUUUUCAUCGUGACAAUUGACCUUGAUCUUGAAGCUAAUAUUAAACGUUUGAAGAAAUCAUCAUGGUGGAAUCAUGAUGGGUUUUAUAUAAUUAUCGAUAAUGGUCUCUCAAAAAGUCAAAAGUGCAAAGAUGCUGGAGAUGUUUUGCAGAUAGCUUGGAAGAUGGAUAUUUUGCGGGUAAUAUUUAUUUGUACUGAUGGCACAAAUGGUCAAGUGAUGUUUUACACAUUUAAUCCAUUUACAAGUCGUUCACUCAUUUCUUGGGAAAGAGUCAAACACAUCAACAAUGAAUCUACUGACCCAUGGACACUCUACCGUCAACGGUACAUUCCAAACUCAUUAAAAUGUACAACCAUUGAUCAUGAUAAAACUCUGCAUUUGGAUGGUUAUGGAGGAGUAUCAGCAGCUUUUAGUGGCGUUUAUAACGACAGAAAUCAUGAAAAAUUAAUUAGAUUCUUGUAUGAACAGCUAAAUGUUACAUUGUCAUAUUUAACAAUGAACGAUUCUUUAGGUCUCGAGGUUGAAGGAACAUCGACUACUCUUCUUGGCAACCUGUUAGCGAAUAAAUCGCUAGACAUGAGACUACGAUUCAAAGGAAUGGUUUACACAAAGGAAAUUGUCUUUUCAAGCAUAGCUUUUCAGAGCUCGUAUACGUUAAUUAGUAAAAAUCACGGUAAAAAAAGCAUGUUUGAUCAAAUUUACGAAUUGUUUGGUUGGCGAUUGAUUUUAAUUAUGGCAUUUUUUUCCAUAACGACUAUUAUAAUGUUUAAAAUAUCAAUGAGUAUGGACAUUGAUCUUGCAAUUUUAGAAAUUAUUAGAAUGUGGGGAAAUGCUAGUUUCUUAAAAAAACCAACAGAUUUACCAUCAAGAAUUUAUUUAUUUGGUAUCCUUUUAUUAGCGCUCAUUUUGUGCUCAGUUUUUCAAGGUAAAAUUCUUGGUUUUCAAUUGAAUCCAAAUCCAGAAAAAAACAUAGACACCGUAAAUGAUUUACUUGUGGAAUUUAAAAAUUACAAAAUUUAUGGAUCCAAAAUUGUUAUUAAUUUUUUGGAUGAAGAGUUAAUUAAACGGUCUAUUUCUGUGAAAAGUAUCAAAUCUUGUGUAAAAUAUGUUGUCAAUGAUUCAUCAAGUGUUUGUGCUGGUGGUUGGUUAAAAUUGCAGAAUGAGGCAUUAAAGUAUUCAGACUUGUAUGUAGCAAAAGCACCAUUUGUAAAAUUGUAUGGAGCUUUACCAAUGCGAAAAAACUGGCCACUUGCAAAUCGUGUCAAUACAAUUUUAACUCAAUAUUUUGAACAUCAACCAUUCAAAUUUAGCUUUUUAUACCUCAGAAAAGAUCACGAUGGAUUCUCCGAUGAUCCAAAACCACUCAAGCGUCAGCAUUUUGAUUUUGCGUUUAAGUUUUUGAUAUUAGGAUUGGGCAUUGCUUUUGUUAUUUUUAUUAUUGAAUUGUUUCAAUAUAAAAAUACAAGAUUAUUUAUUUAAAAAAGAAUCUGAAAUUUAAAUUAAAAGUAUGAAACUAUAAGAGACAUAC